UGAAAGAGUAUUACUAUGCUGAAAAUAAGAUCUAAUAGUAGAAGCUUUUUAGAAUUGGCUACACUGUUUGCCGGGAAAGAUUGUAAAAAACGGAAAUCGAAUACAACACAACCGAACCUCAUUGAUCAUUCAGAAAACUAUAAAAACGGAAAAAUCACGAACAAGUCAAGAAAAGAAAAACUUCACAAGAAAAUAUUACCUGUUAUAUCAAAAAUGAAAGGCAUCGAACCAUUGUCAGCGUUCGCGGUUUAUAAAAAGAUGUAUGGUCAAACAUCUGAUCCUUCCAGCAAAUUGAAGAAAUUUAAAACAAAAAAAAGCAAAAAACAAGCAGGACUUAACCCUAAGAAAGUUUUGCUGGGUUUGGAGAAGAAUGAUAUUUCCCUGAAAACUAGUAAGUCCGCGGUUACUACAUCCCAUAAUGAAAGUUCAUCUAAAUGUAAACACAAAUCUAUCAAAAAAGAUAAAGAGAGUCCUUCAUCUAAAUCCAUAAAAAAAGAUAAAGAGAGUCCUACAUCUAAACCCAUAAAAAAAGAUAAAGAGAGUCCUACAUCUAAAUCCAUAAAAAAAGAAAAGGAAAUUCUUGAACAUGAGUUUAUCAAAAUAGAGAAUGAAAGUCCUGGUGUAAAAAAGGUAGAAAGGAAGCGUAAAAGAGGAAAACGAAACAAUGAAUCAAACUCUUAUUUAUCUGAUAUGAAUGAACUGGAAACAACAAACGAUAAUGAAAAUGCAAAGGAAAAUGGUGAAGAACAAAUGGUAAUGAAUGAUCCCAUUAAUGAAGGUCUCAAAUUAUUCGAAUGGAUGAUCAAUCCAAUGAAUAUUAGGCAAUUCUUCAAAACUUAUUGGGAAACUGAACCUCUUUAUGUUUCUAGAAAGGAUAAAAAAUAUUAUUCAACCUUAUUCUCGUCAACAAUUUUUGAUAAAAUAUUAAGGGAAAAUAGUCUAUAUUAUACAAGAAAUGUAGAUGUUGUAAUUUAUCAAAAUGAAGAGAAAGAAGUUUUAAAUCAAGAAGGAAAGGCAAAUCCUUCAGCAUUAUGGGAUUUCUACAGCACUGGCUGCAGUGUAAGGUUAUUGAAUCCACAGACUUACCAUAAAAAAAUUCAUCUUUUACUGACAACCUUACAAGAGUACUUUGGUUCAAUGGUUGGUGCAAAUGUUUAUUUAACACCCCCAGAUUCUCAAGGUUUUGCGCCCCAUUAUGAUGACAUUGAAGCUUUCGUCUUGCAGAUAGAAGGAAGGAAACAUUGGAAAUUAUAUCACCCUAAAGACGAAGAUAUGUUGGCUCGACACUCUAGCAAAAACUUCAAACAUGAAGAACUAGGAGAACCAUUCCUUGAAGUAGCUCUAGAAGCAGGAUCAAUGCUAUAUUUUCCAAGAGGUGUAAUUCAUGAAGGUUGGACAGAUUCAGAAGCUCAUUCUCUACAUAUCACAGUGUCUGUUUAUCAGAAUAAUGCCUAUGUUGAUUUAUUAGAAAAAGCACUUCCUCUUGCUCUCAUGAAGGCAGCAAAAUCAGAUUUGGAAUUUAGGAAAGGAUUGCCUCUACACUUUUUGCGAAGUACCAAAGCCAAAAUUACCAUGAAAAAAAGAGUCUUGACACUCAUUGACAAAUUGAAAGAAUAUUUAGAUGUUGAAGAUGGACUUGAAGAAUUGGGAAGAAAAUUGGUAUAUGACUCAAUGCCUCCUGCACUCUCCCCUGAAGAAAGUAGUGGUUCCUCCAAGGAAGGUGGAGAUUUAUUAGAUAACGGCGUUGUAUAUAAUAAGGUGGAAUUUGAUCUCAGUAAUAAAGUUCGGCUGACUCGUUAUCAUUGUAUUCAACUUGAGCGCAGGGGAGAACAACCGAAACUAUACUACUCCACUGAAAACUCGAAAAUUUAUCAUGGAGAAGAAGAACAAUGUGUUGAACUAGAUGAAUCAAUGGUUCCUCUUAUUGUGCAUCUACAGAAAGCUUACCCUAGCUAUGUUAGAAUUGGGGAUUUACCACUUGACGAUACUGAAGUAAAGGUCCAAUUAGUUUAUGAUUUGUGGGAAAAAGGCAUUCUACUUACCACUGCUUGAUUAUUUUUAAAUGUUUUGACUAAAUUUUUUCAGAUAGUUGUGUUUGUUUAUAUUUAAUGUUAAUUAAUUAGUUUUAUAAACCUUUAAUAAAAAUGUUAUCAUUUAUUAUUAAAUGUAUUAAUAGUU